CGCAGAUUCGCUGCGAUGCUGAGGCCUUGCGGGUUCCUGCCCACCCUGGGCGAGUACGACAGCAGUGCCGAGGCACACGCCGCUCAAUAUCUCGCGGCGCGCGGCGUGGUGUCCGUCGCCGACCUGUCGCCCGCAGAGACGGCUGCGUUCGUAAGCGAGAUGCGCGGGAGGAGCUUUGAGAUCCACCACGGAGCGCUCGAAGCUCUGGUUGCCGAGCACCGCGCGGAGCGCCGCCUUCGCGGCGGCGGGAGGGCAUACUCGGCGUCGUCUCGGGUUCCGGACACCGCUGGGAGGCGGGCACCCGAUGGCACGGCCACGAUCGUUCGCGCCGCCGGGGAGCGAGAGAGGGUCAACACGGACCUAGCCCUCAUGAUCAACUCGGGCUUCCUGUGCGCCGGCUACGACGCGCUGCGGGCUUGUCGCAAACAGACCAAGAUAUUUUCACUCUCUCACGGGGAGGUGUUCCUGUCCAAGGAGGGCGCCAUCACGUUCGUGGACGCGGUCGGCGGGCCGCGCCAGCUCUCUCCGACGGCGCUCGCGCAGCUGUUCAAGAGGGCACACCCCGGCCACAUGAACGGGCUCGGAGGCCUCAAGAUGAGCCCGUUCCGGCACCUGGUGGGUCGGCGAGCCAACAUUCCAGGAACGCCUUGGCAGCAGCUCGAGAAGAUCCGCAGCGCGGCCAAGGCACGGCCGGCCAACUCGCAGGCGCGCAGCGGGCCGAAGAAGGCGACUGUGCGCCGCGCACGGGCCUCCCGGUCGACACACUAAGUCGCGACACGAAGAUCGGGCCUAGCUCGCCUGAAGUCAAGGCGGCUUUUGAUUUACUCGUGGUGACGCCUGCCGGGCCAGCCCGUAGCACCCCUCUGCCCCUCACCGAUUUGAGCUCGGCAAUAAUUUAUGGAGGCUUUCGCUGCCUUUGUUCUUGAGAUCCGGCACCGGCUUGUGCUCUCGUCCUGUCUGAAGAGUGUCUCUAGUCGCCUUACGUGAACUCUGUACGAUCUCGUUUGUUUUAUACGUAUAGAAUCGGCUGUGGA